CUUUACGGAUAGAACCAAUGCAUAGGCGAAAUCCGGCGGCCCAAGCAACGUGGGUAUGCACCUGGCCACCAUUAUCGCUACCUGGGUUCUUCGAAACCGACAAAUCCCUUUUACUAUUUAUUCAUUCCCCCGCCAUUAUCGCCUCCUUGCGCCAUUUCUUCUCUGUUUCCGCUCCGUUUCUCUCGCUUUUUGCCUCUUUACACGUUUCUCUCCACUGUCUUCCCUCUUCCCGGCAUUCACAUUCCAACAGAUCUCUGUUUCAGGCCCGAUCGCUGUGACAUCGAAUUUAGAAUCCUCACUCAUCGCAGGGUGAGGGUUUCAAAAGCUUGAUUAAGAACAGGAGGGAGGGUAGAUUCCAAUCUGAUUUGUUUGGAAGAAGGAGCUGUUUCCAUUUGAUUUUGUGGUGGAAAGGAGCCUUGAGAUCUCCUUUUCUCCCUUUUACCAUUUUCCUCUAUCUUAUUCCUUGAAGGUAUUGUUGGCCUAGCCAUCCAAUUUGAAGAUAUGCGGAAGCCUCAAGAUCAACGGUCAAGGUCUACCAAACCCACUACUAUUCAUAGCUAUGCUCAGUCUGGGGACGUUCUUAGCCUUCAAAAGCUGCUUCGAGAGAACCCGGGUCUUCUGAAUGACAGAAAUCCAUUUAUGGGACAGACACCACUUCAUGUUUCUGCAGGCUAUAACAAGGCAGAGAUUGUUAAAUUUCUUCUUGCCUGGCAAGGUCCAGAAAAGGUUGAGUUGGAAGCCAAAAACAUGUAUGGAGAGACCCCAUUGCACAUGGCAGCAAAGAACGGUUGCAAUGAUGCAGCAUCGGUGCUACUAGCUCAUGGCGCUUUUGUUGAAGCCAAAGCAAAUAAUGGGAUGACACCAUUACACCUUGCUGUCUGGUACUCACUCCAAUCCGAAGACUGCGCUACUGUAAAGACAUUGCUCGAUUAUAAUGCCGAUUGUAGUGCAACGGACGAUGAGGGUAUGACUCCCCUAAACCAUCUGUCACAAGGCUCAUGUAGUAAGAAGUUGAGGGAAUUGUUGAACAAGCAUUUAGACGAGCAGAGAAAGCGAAAAGCGAUUGAAGCGUGCAGUGAAACUAAAGCAAAGAUGAAAGAACUUGAAAACGAGCUCUCGCAUAUCGUGGGUUUGCACGAGCUCAAGAUACAGCUUCAAAAAUGGGCUAAGGGAAUGCUUUUAGACGAGAGACGCAGGGCCCUUGGCCUCAAAGUUGGCACCAGGAGGCCCCCUCAUAUGGCAUUUCUUGGCAAUCCUGGAACAGGUAAGACUAUGGUAGCUCGAAUACUCGGGAAAUUGCUUCACAUGGUCGGGAUCCUACCGACAGAUAAGGUAACAGAGGUACAGAGAACAGAUUUGGUUGGCGAAUUUGUCGGUCAUACUGGUCCAAAAACCAGGAGAAAAAUCAAAGAAGCAGAGGGUGGAAUUCUUUUUGUCGACGAAGCCUAUCGACUGAUACCGAUGCAGAAAUCCGACGAUAAGGAUUACGGUUUAGAAGCACUGGAAGAGAUCAUGUCUGUCAUGGACAGUGGGAAAGUUGUAGUCAUAUUUGCUGGUUACUGCGAACCGAUGCAGCGCGUUAUAGCGUCAAACGAAGGAUUUCAUCGACGGGUAACCAAAUUUUUCUACUUUAAUGACUUCAGCUCAGAGGAAUUAGCAAAGAUUCUCCAUAUCAAGAUGGAGAAUCAAACAGAGGAUAGCUUGUUAUAUGGCUUUAAGUUGCAUCCUACUUGCACCAUAGAAGCCAUUUCGGACCUGAUCUCGAGAGAAACGCAAGAAAAACAGCGUAAGGAGAUGAACGGUGGUCUAAUCGAUCCGAUGGUAGUAAACGCGAGAGAGAAUUUGGACGGUAGGCUCAGUUUCGACUGUAUAGACACAGAGGAACUGCGUACUAUUACAAUGGAUGAUUUAGAAGCAGGCCUUCGUUUGCUAACACAGUAAGGUUGGUUGGUUCAUGCAACAUAUUCAAUUGCAAAUGCGCAAUGCAUUGUUUGUGUGGUGAUUAGGCGAUUUGGAGGUGUAAGCAGCAUCUCUGUUAUUAUUACUGCACCAAACUGAGAUUACAUGUGCUUGGAGAUUCUAAGUAUUCGAUGAUUUGUGAUGUUUUUGUAUGUACUGUGAUUCAUUUUAUGACCCAUUCUUUUUUUUUUUUUUU